AUGGGUUCUUUUAACAGAAUCAAGAAAUUUCUUGUCAUUUCAUGCUUGAUUUUUGAAUUUGGUCAUGGUUAUUAUCUUCCUGGUAGUUUCCCACAUAAAUACGACGUAGGUGAUCAAUUAUCCGUAAAAGUAAACUCUUUAACCUCCAUUGAUACAGAAAUCCCAUAUGGGUAUUACAGUUUACCCUUCUGUAAGCCUCCUGAUGGCAUCAAAGACAGUGCUGAGAAUCUUGGUGAGCUUCUAAUGGGAGAUAGAAUCGAAAACUCCCCGUAUCGGUUUAAGAUGUUCAAGAAUGAGACCGAGAUCGUAAUGUGUACAACGAAUCCCAUAUCAAAUGAUGAAUACCAAACUUUGAAAGAACGAAUCGAUGAAAUGUAUCAGGUUAAUGUGAAUCUUGACAAUCUCCCAGCGAUUAGGUAUAUGCAAAGAGAUGGAUUUUAUGUUAGAUGGACUGGCUAUCCUGUUGGAAUUAAGGUUCAAGAUGCUUAUUAUCUUUUUAAUCAUCUGAAGUUUACAGUUUUGGUUCACAAGUACGAACACGAUAACGUUGUUUCGGUGGUUGGGACUGGAGAUGGAGAGCUCAUCACACCAACCAACGAAACCAUGGGUGAUGGUUACAUGGUUGUCGGAUUUGAGGUUGUUCCUUGUAGCGUCAAUCAUGAUCAUGCUUUACUGAAGAAUGUCACACCAUAUGGUACAUACCCAGCUAAGAUCAAAUGUGAUCCGGUUUCCGUAGGGAUGAUGUUGAAAGAGAACGAGCCGGUUAGUUUUACAUAUGAGGUUUCUUUUGUUAAAAGUGAUAUAAAAUGGCCUUCGAGAUGGGAUGCUUAUUUGAAGAUGGAAGGUGCAAAAGUUCAUUGGUUUUCAAUUUUGAAUUCGUUAAUGGUUGUGACAUUUCUUGCUGGGAUUGUUCUUGUGAUAUUCUUGAGGACGAUUCGUAGAGAUUUGGCUCGUUAUGAGGAGUUAGAUAGGGAAGCGCAGGCUCAAAUGAAUGAGGAGUUAUCUGGGUGGAAGCUUGUGGUGGCUGAUGUUUUUCGGCCACCAGAAAACUCUCAACUGCUGUGUGUAAUGGUGGCUGAUGGUUGUCGGAUCCUUGCAAUGGCUAUUGUCACCAUCUUCUUCGCUGCUCUUGGGUUCAUGUCCCCAGCUGCUCGUGGCACUCUCAUCACAGGUAUGCUUAUGUUCUAUGUGUUUCUCGGCGUUGUUGCUGGUUACGUGGCGGUGUGGCUAUGGAAAACCCUAGCAGCCGGUGAACCUCGAGGGUGGUUUUCAGUGUCAUGGAGAGUUGCAUGUUUCUUCCCCGGUAUUUCGUUCUUAAUCCUGACGAUAUUAAAUUCGCUCUUGUGGGGAAGUGGUAGCACCGGUGCUAUUCCAUUCACCACCUUUUUGGUUCUAAUCUUGAUGUGGUUUUGUAUCUCGGUGCCAUUGACGUUGAUCGGCGGAUUGGUGGCCACAAAAGGUCGAUAUAUGGAGUACCCAGUUCGCACAAAUCAAAUCCCUAGAGAGGUCCCACCUCAAAGGUUCCCAUCUUGGGUCUUAGUUCUAGGAGCUGGAACUCUUCCAUUUGGUACUCUUUUCAUCGAGUUAUUCUUCAUUAUGUCAAGCAUUUGGCUUGGUCGAGUUUACUAUGUUUUUGGGUUUUUAUUCAUCGUUUUGAUCUUGCUUGUGACUGUUUGUGCUGAGGUGUCAUUGGUACUCACUUACAUGCACCUUUGUGUUGAGGACUGGAGGUGGUGGUGGAAGUCGUUCUUUGCAUCUGGUUCUGUCUCUCUUUAUGUGUUUUUGUAUUCGAUUAACUAUCUUGUUUUUGAUCUAAAAACCUUGAGUGGCCCUGUAUCCGCAAUGCUUUACUUGGGUUAUUCGUUGUUCAUGGUCACGGCUAUGUUGCUUGCUACGGGUGCAGUUGGAUUCUUGACAUCUUUCUUCUUCGUUCAUCGCCUUUUCUCAUCUGUUAAGAUAGACUAA